AUGUCUUACAACGGGCGCAUGAGCAUGGCGCGCACCACUCAACACAAUCAGCGCGCACCCCCAGUCAACGAACAUGACGCUUUCAUGACCUUGCCGGACAACGAGAUUGCGGGUUGUAUCUCAGACAUCGGCAUCCAGUUCACCGUAUCGGACCUACAGAAGCCCAACCCCCAGAUCAUCCAAAAAGUUUUCGAAUGGCUGGCCGAACUGCUGAUGAAUACGACUCGCGAAGUCGUUGCGCCAGCGAUGCGGGCCGCUGCCGAAGAUAUGUGCGGAGGAGACGCAGAGCGACUCUACACCAGCGACACCAGAGAUUUGAUGGGCUUCUUUGUCAUUCUACGAAAACUAUUGCGCGAGUGUGGAAUUCAUGACUUUACUUUCAACGAUCUAUACAAGCCCACUCAUGGCCGCCUUGUUAAGAUAUUUUCGUACAUGAUCAACUUUAUCCGCUUCCGCGAAUCUCAAACUGAGAUCAUCGACGAACAUUUCAACAAGGCCGAACGCACUAAAUUACGAAUCGAGCAGCUGUAUAAUGACAAGCAAACCAAGGAAAUGCAACUGGCCGAUCUCGAGCGGAACCGUGCCGCUACCCAAAGGCUGAUGCAGGAGAAGGAGAAGCGCAAUAACGAGCUGAAGACGCGACUGCUAGAAUUGAAGAGGGGGCAAGAGGCAGUAGCGGAGAAGCUGGAGCGUGCUAAGAUGGAGCAGGACAGGCUAAAGAAGCUGCUUCAGCAAAAGGUCGAAAACAAGGAGAAUGUCCAGCGCGAGGUGCUGAAACUGAAGCCGUACACCCAGCAGAGUCCAACAGCUCUUGAAGACUCAUUGCGCGACUUGAGCGAUCGACUCACUGGUGACAAGACACAGAUUGACAUGUUAGACCGCCGUGCUCGUGCCCUUCAGACCUCGACCGAUUCGUUCGCUGUUGUCGCUACCGAUGUUACUUCAUGCACACGAUUGCUUACCGAUGUACAAGCCGAUCUGGCGCGAGAGGAGGAGGAGCUGGCAAAGGCAUCAAGACACCGAGAUGCGCUGGCCGACCGGAGCAACAAUGUGCGCGACGUCGAGCGACAAGAACGCCUCUUGCAAAAGCAAUUGGGUAACAUCAAUGCCCGCACAGACAAGCUCAAGGCCAAAGGCGAUGAAGAGGCAGAGCGUGCGCGCAGACGUAUGGAGGAGCUUCGAGAUACUCACGCUAAGCUUACGGAAGAGCGCGGCGAGAAAGGGCGGGAGAUGGAGCGACGGAGAGUCCGCAUUGAGCAGACGGAGAAGAAGAUGGCCGAGCUCAAAGACAACAUUGAGAACGAGGUUCACUCUGCUCACGACGAGUAUCUCAAGAUGGAGAGUCACAUCAAGCUCUACAUUACAGAGAUGGAGCAGAGUAUCUAA